CCGAUCUUCGCAUGCUGUGUUGUGUGUGGCAUUGGCAAACGCAGGCAAACGCUCGAUUACGAUGGGGAUGCUGCCGGCUCUGUCGGCGCCCCUGCGGCCGACGCGCGCCCUGGUGCGCCGCUGUCUGAGCGGCCCUGCCCACCUGGGACCAUUCUCUGAUUAUGUCCAGGGUCAGUCGCCGGCACCCAAUGUCCGAGAGUACUUCUACUAUAUCGAUCAUCAGGGAAUGCUGUUCCUGGACGACGCCAAGAUGAAGAAUUUCACCUCAUGCAUCAAAGAGCAGAAAUUCCUGCGCUUCUUCUUCAACCAGCUGCGGAUGAACGACACGGAGCGGUACCCGGAGUUCCCAUUCAUAUCACCGUGCGGGCGCGAACGAAACUUUGUCCGCUGUAACGACCUGCCCAUUGUGUUCACACAUGUGCUGGCGCCUAGCGACGGGUCGUCGAACUUCAAGCUGUCGUAUAACCACGCUGGGGCGCUGCUGUCGACCGCGUUCGACCCGCACCUGCUCUGUAUGCUGCCGGGCACGGGUCGAGUCUACCACCCGGGACCGGCACGCUCCGGCGGCGUCGGGCUGGUCCGAUCGGCGCUGGCCAUCGAGUUCAGCCGCGGCUUCCGCUUCGACAAGGGCGAGACGAUGCCGCCGACACACUUCCAGUGGGAAGGCGAGACGUACAAGCUGACCAACGAGCUGGUGCCGGCCCUGCUGCAGAUGAGGGGCCGCUGUAACAUGGACGCGCACCCGAGCGACACCUGACGGCCUCUGAUGGGAGCUGAGGUCAUGACAGGAGGGUGGGGUGCAUUUGAGUGGCGGUACCAUGUGGCGGUAAGGGGUGCAGUCAUCUUUGUGCAAUGGAGAUGCGGCGUUAUGGCUGCAUAUUGUAUAUUGUUUCGUCGACUGUGAGUCAUUUGUAUAUACUUGAUGACAGAUAUGCUCAAAGCGCAGUACGCGAUUUCUAGACCAGUUGUUGAUGUUUUCGUGCGAGUGCCUUGAGGCAGACGCAGCAUAUGUGCUCAUAAUGUCAUGCGGUCAAGGUGAAGAUCUGUUGCGCUUUUGUGAAGCGCAAGCCACCGCUGCGGAGCCGGGCGGGGUUAAAAGUCGAUCGACGAAUCCGCUGUAGCCAGUCAUUGACAGCCGCUGCACGGUUUUGUCCCAGCUGAUACUCAUUAGUGUAAUUUAACAUUGUUUUACAUUGUUAUACAAUAUACAUGGUGCGUCAUAGCUGGACGAGCCAUAUGCAGCGUUAUAUAAGAUGUUGAAUAGUAUCAUCAUGUAAAUAAUCCGAAAUACACACGUGACGAUG